GAAGCGGCGCGGACGGCAGACGCUCAUUGGCCGCGCUCCCGUCGAUCACAGAGCAAUGCCACUCAGGAUAGAUUAGGCACCAUUUGCCAUAACUAAAUAGUUACAUUGUACAUCAAGUAGGGAGAAUUAUUUUAAUUGGUAGCCCACCGCGCUCGGCGGAGAGUUACACUUCGUGAUCGCUCAAACCGUUUUGAAUGCAACAAAGUGUGACGUUUGAACCUCCCGUCUCAUCAAACAGAUGUGGAUACACUGCUCGGGAGCUGCCCAGCUGAGGUGAAGGGGAGGGCAGAAGAUCCCAGUUCAGCCUGAGUGUUGAUGACCUGCCCCCAGAACCAGGACCAUGAUCUGAAGAGGGUGCUGCACACAGAACCCCAUUCUUCCUCUCCUCCUUCUCCCUCUUUUUUUUUAUUUUUAUUUUUAUUUUUUCAGUCUUUCUGGUGAAGGCGUCCCUGUCCGGGUGCUUCAAACAGAAUCAGUUUGCACAGAGAGGGCAGACUGACAGUGACUAAACAUUUCAAGAGGAAGCAACACAACAACAGCCAUCCGUGACCCCAGACCUUGCCACUCUCCCCUGCUCCUCCCACUGCAACACCAGAACCAUGGGGAGGAAAAAGAUCCAGAUUCAGAGGAUCACUGAUGAACGUAACAGACAGGUGACGUUCACCAAGCGGAAGUUCGGUUUGAUGAAGAAGGCCUACGAGCUGAGCGUCCUGUGUGACUGCGAGAUCGCUCUUAUCAUCUUCAACCACUCCAACAAGCUGUUCCAAUAUGCCAGCACUGACAUGGACAAGGUCCUGCUCAAGUACACUGAGUACAAUGAACCCCACGAGAGCCGGACUAACGCCGACAUUAUUGAGACGUUGCGAAAGAAAGGCUUUAAUGGCUGCAACAGCCCUGAGCCCGACGGCGAUGACUCCAUCGACCAAAGUCCGCUAAAUGACCGCAAGACUGAGGACCUGGACAGCCUCUUCAAGCGCUACGGCUCUACGGUCCCACAGCCGGCCUUCUCCAUGCCAGUCACCGUGCCAGUAUCCAAUCAGAACGCGGCAGCGGCGGCAGCCCUCCAGUUCAGUAACAACCCUGCCGGCGCCCUGGUCACCACCACCUCCUUUGUCACCUCCACCCUCACAGAUCCCCGCCUCCUGUCGCCACAGCAACCAGCUCUGCAGAGGAACACCGUGUCACCCGGGUUACCACAGCGACCAGCCAGCGCAGGUGCUCUGUUAGGAGGAGAUUUGGGGAACUCCAAUGGCGCGUGCCCGAGUCCAGUCCCUAAUGGCUACAUCAGUGCCAGGGCCUCCCCAGGCCUCCUCUCCGUAUCCAACGGCAACAGCCUGGGGAAAGUAGUCCUGGCUAAAUCUCCAACUCCACCCAGCCCUCAGAUGGUCAACAGCCGCAAGCCGGACCUGAGGGUCAUCACUUCACAGAGUGGCAAGAGCCUCAUGCAGCUGACAGAGGAGGAGCUGGAGUUGGUGAGUGAGAAUGCUCAGCGGCUAGGAGGCUCCCAGGUGGCACAGCCGCUCACCACACCUGUGGUCUCCGUGGCAACACCCAGUCUCCUCGCGCCCUUCUCUGGCAUGCAGACAGCCUACAACACUGAGUACCAGCUGACGAGUGCAGAUCUCACAGCGCUCCAGACGUUCACACCACCAGGGCUGGUGCCUGGCAACAUGGCUGCCUGGCAACAGCAACAGCAACCAGCAGUCUCUCAGCAACAACAACAACAGCAACAGCAGCAGCAACAGCAGCAGCUGAGCUUGGCGUCACUCAGUAACUUGGUCAUGUGGGGUGCAGAGAAACAGAAUGCGGAGAUGGUUAACUGCAUCUCCAAUUUUGCUGCUAACCUGAGCUUGGCUUCUCAGUCCAACUUGCUCUUUGGCAGGGAGGAGGGCCUCUGCUGGCCAGUGGGCAACAUACCUCAGGGCGCUGCACUGACAGUCAACACAAACCCCAACAUCAACAUCAAGUCUGAGCCCGUCUCACCAAACCGCGACCGCAGCACUCCCAGCUCCACCAGUGGUGCCGGGGGAGGCGGAGUUGGCCACGUUCAAGUCCAGGGACAAGGUCUGGUGUCUGUCGCCUACCCUGGAACCCUGCGCCUGGAAGCAGGAGGCCAAGGCCGCUCACCCGUCGAUAGCCUCAGCAGCAACGGCAGCUCAUAUGAGGGCAGCGACCGGGACGACGGCACCCAGGGUCGAGGCGGGGGUCCGGACUUCCACCACCAUGCUGGUGCUGGAGCCCAACAGCCCACCAUGGUCCUCCUGCGGCCCUCUUCAGCGGAGCCACAGGAACAGGACGGGACCAACGUCAAGAGAAUGAGACUGGAUACCUGGGUCACAUAAAGAGAUGAAUGGGAAGAGAGGGAUGGACAGAUGGAGGAUGGAAAUGUGUACUUGUGGCUUGUGUACAUGCCCCCACCAGCCCCAACGCCCCCAUUCUCCCCCUUUCAUACACACAUGCAUAAUAUACCCACCAUUGAUCUAGUAACCUACUGUCCACACAGGAAGCGUUGCCCUGACACAUGCAUACACAACACGAGUAUGCUAACACACUCUUGUUGCACGUGUGGACACUGAUGCUCACUUGUAUGGCAAUGCACAUUCACAUUUGAACUCUAAUGUACUCUCACUCACACACUCAAAACCCCCAGAGGGUUAAGCCACCAAACCAGGGAUUAUUUGUCAAAAUAAUAACCAUCUUGUACUUCAUUCAGCUGUAUUUGAAUAGAAGUGAAUGAGUAAGUUUUAAUCAGGCCACAGUGGCUAAUAAAAGCCUAAAUUGGCCCCAUGAACUACUACUGGACAUGUUGGCAGUUGCUGGCAGAGCAGACAAACAAACCAGACUUGGUUUCCCUGCAUGACCUGCAUUUGGUUAGAUUGUGGUGGCAUUGUUCCACCCUCAUGUCCUUAUUAUCUGUUAAUCCACAGUAGGUUUUGAUCAAAAAUGAAAGCACUGUAUUAGAACAGUGCCACCAAAUGAGUCCACAUCUUUGUACACAUCCGCCCAUCCACAAUUGUAUUGCUAUCGCCCUAGCUUCUUGUUUCUUUUCUAAGAGCCUGGGCGGUUUUGCUCUUUUUAAAGCGUGGAGUUUUGUCCUUCUGUCUUGACUGUUGAUCUUUAGAAUUUGGAUUCGUUUUGGUUUUGAAUGAAGACACUAUAAAGAAAACUGGCCUCCCUCCCCAGCCAAGCCGGCGACUACACCAACAGGCCGGCACGUUGGCCCUGUACAAGAAUGACGACCUCCGGGUCUUUAUUUAAUCAGAACCAUGCAGACUAGCUGUAGAAACGAGGAACAUGAUUUGUUGCCGAGGUAAAAAGACUUUUCUUUGAAUCAGGGACGAGCUGCAAAAGCUCAACGACACAUGACGCAGAUACUCCUCGUUUCACCCACAUCGUGUCAACUGCAGAUGCUGAGAAAGGCGUGUGUGUAUACGGGUUUGUUACCUCAACUGGUCGUCUUUUUUUUUUUCUUAACAAAGUGAUUUGGACAAAUGUUCAUUUUCAAUUUCAUCCUUGAACACACACCUACAAUGCACACAGCUGAAAUUAUUUUUGUGAAGCAACUCAUGUUUUGAAUAGAUAGCUGAUGUUCAAAGGGGAGAAUCAUGAGGUACCAUGUAUAUAAGCAAUCUGUAACCUUUGUGGCUUUUUGUGUGACAGGGAUAAGGUGUUUUGAAGGUUAAAAAUAGAUCAUAUACAAGUAUAUAUUUAAAAAGCUUCAGGCGGCAGCAAGAGCAGCUCUGCAUUUGGGGCAAGAGACUACAACAGACGACAGGGAUUGUAUAUAUAAACUAUAUAUUCGGCAGGAUAUCCCUUAACGAAACAGACAAAAAAAAAAGCAAACAUUGAUUCUCAGUGGAUCGGUCUCUUUUUUAUUAUUAUUUAUGCGUGUAUAUAAAGUGUAAUAUGUGGACGAGCCAAGAGUGGGUGCUGUAGAGGCAGAAAGGGAAGACGUAGCCGUGGUGACUCGGACUGUUUUGAGUGAGCAAUGGUUAGGACUCUGUUACUGAUGGAGCGCACUUUACCUUAACUCCCACCUCUGACACCCUCACACACCAACAACACACACACACCCACAUAGUACAUACACACUAGGGUUAGACUGAUAUACUUGACUGGUUUUGAAACCUAAAAUCAGGAGUUACAAAUGAAAAAAAAAUGCACUUUUUAUUUAAUUUUCAAAAUUCAGUUUUGCUGUAGUUUAAUUUAAAUUUUUUAUUUUUUUUAAAUUGUACAUCAACCAGUCUGAGCUGCUUUCAUGGCCUCUGUUACUGGUGCAUGCUAGCUGCCUAUUUGAAAUGAAUUUAGUUUUGAGUGUUGCUUUUUUCCCCACUAGCUGAGUAGCACACAUUUGUUGUAAAUUGAAUUAAUUACUUUUUUUUUUUACUCAAUAUCAGUUCAACAUUAUGAAGUUGGUAGUGCAGCAUCAUGUGAUCAUCUUGAAUAUAUUUGGAGGCUUUUCCACUUCGAUGAUUUCUGCAGAUAUGACUACUAUUUAUUGAGUAUUCUUUGGCAAAUCAAAGUAUAAGUAUUUGCAGCUUCGGUUAAAAAAUGCCACUGUUAUCUGUUACGGACAUAUCAGUCAAACUCUAGACCACACACUCACAUACAGAUAGUAUAUAAGUAUAAGAGAGCCAAGGAUGUCCCCCUUUAUGUUUUAGAGGUUUCCCUUUUCCUCCUAUUGAAAGCCAUGUAUCUAUAUUUAAAGGAUCUCUCCUUCGCCUGUCACUGGUUGGCUGUACUUUUAUAUUCUUGAAGACUAUGAAGGAAAAAGAAAUGUGAAGGAUGUCAUUUUUGUACUCUGUAAAAGUGGCAAAAGGUGAUGUGGGGUUUUAGUGGGUAGAUUUUUUUUUCGUUUUAAAAACCAUGGUGGUCAAAAGUGCAAAUUCAUGUAUUUAUUUUUCCUAAAAGCACUCUGAGCCUCCAUCCAUUUGCUUGUUAAAAGCGUUCGAGGCAGAGUUUGGAUGCCGUUUGUCAUUAAGCCGGAGGUUUCAGAACGAUUCUUGAUCUUUUAAUGACUACCUCCCAAAUCCAACACAGACUUGUCGACUUUGGGUUUUACCACAUCCAGCCACUACAUCCUUCUCAUGGGCAGGCCCUCGUCACCUCGCUCUCACCCCUGUCACUCACUCAGUUUUUUUUUUUUUUCCCCCUCCCUGUCUGGAAGCUUAAUCUCCAAACGCCACACACACAAACACACACAUGCAUUUCAUUACACACUCCUCUGUUUACUCCGUCCAGAUAGCGGGUGUCAUCACUGAAAUGACAUCCAGUCAAAUUAUUUUGGGGUCAUUUCCGUGGACUAACACAACCAACCCCCACUCUCUCUGACUUGCAGCUUCAUCACAAACUACUCCCAUCAUCCUCCCCUCAAUUCAUCUGUGAUUUCUCAUUUACUUUUUCUCCGUCUGUCACUCACUCACGCACACUCAUCCUCUCCGUGGCAAGUCUGAGUGUCAGUAUUGCUUUUCUGAGCGCGUGGCAGAGUGAACAUAAAUCCUCCAAGUGUAAACACUUUGACUGUUAAGACUGUUGUGCCCAGAGCUUCGAACAAAAUAUCAAAGAAAGAGAAACUCGACUCUAUGUUUAAGCCUGCAAGAGAUCAGUUUGAUCAAAAGGGGGAAAAAAAGAAAUAAAAUGGCAACCUUUGCGAUAGAACUCAUUUGGUUUGUCAGCAGGCAGGCCAGAGUUCUUAUGAAGCCCUGACAUGUUCUUUAGAACUACACUCGCGUUUGCUGUAAUCACAAGAUAGAAAGACAAUCGUACAGAGAAACAGUUCCAAGACACCCACUCCCCACACCUAAAAAAGCGAUUACAUGCUCCUGUAUAAUGAUGUUUAGAAGUCUCACUCACUUUCCAGUGUUAAUUUGUGCUGGUGACAGUCUGUUUUUAAUUGUUCUCUGAGAAUCGAUAUUAUUAUUAUUAUUAUCAUCAUCAUUAUUACCACAGCCUUCACUGAUGGUAGCUGUCAUGAUGAUAUAGAAAUCUGCGUUUUUUUUGUUUUACUUUUCCGUGUAGGUUAGGCACUUGUUUUAUUUGGAAUUUGAUUUUAUUUUAUUAUAUAAAAAUAUUCUAUAAAUAUAUUUUUGUUUUCUCUUUUUUUUUUGAAUUUGCUUUUCGUUUUUUUUUUCCUUCGAAAAGGGUGUUACUAAUGUUGCACGAUUUUUAUGAACAUGAAACAACACAAGCGUAGUGAUAUUAGUACACGUGUGGCUGCGGACGGAGGCGCUGAACGAGUCAACCGCGACGACAACCGCUUCAAUGCUGCAACUGUGAGUCCAAUGUACAAAAACCUCUCAGUCCACACAUGGUAACAUGGAGAGGGGGGGGGAGGGGGGAGCAGGGUGACACGUCUAACUUAUUUCUGACCAGACACAAUGAUGUCAAAUGCAUGGGCGUUUCAAAACAAGAGAAGAGCGAAUCAUGUUAUAGGAAAUAAAAUGUAAUAUUGACACAAAUACACAUCACACAGGAUUAAGAAACAAAAAAAAAAACUAAAAAAAAGAAAUUGAAGAAAAAGUUUAAAAUAAAUUAUAGCUAAUAUAUUGUGUUCGGCUAGUCUGCUUUUUUUGUUGUAAAGAUAUUUUUUUUGUUGUUUUUGGAGAAUGAUAUACAAUUUGUGUAUAUUUUCAUAAAUAAAGUAUGCACUGAUAUGUUAUUACAAAUUCUAUACUGCUUUUACAAAAAAAAGUGUUUGUUAUCGUACCAAAGUAUCCAUUGGUCCCCUCUUACCCUCCUCCCCUUUUUGCGUAUGUUUUACCGUAUUUUAUAUAUUAAAUAGACAAGUUGACCUACAGAUAAA